AUGACUCAGUCCCACCGUCGUUCUCCUUCUCAUCCUAAAUCAAAGUCCUCUCGUCCUGUUUUACAUCGAAGAGGCACUUCGGCUGUCAAUCUCUCAAUCUCCAAAUUGGGUGCUGGCAGUCAUUGUCGUGUCCAAGACGACGAAUUCGACAUGGCAGCCAGUUUCUUGAACUUCUGUGCCAUGUGCGAGAAACAAAUUACCGUUCCCAACAAUUCCCUCCUAUACUGUAGUGAAAGCUGCCGCCGCAAAGACUCCUGCAAACCUCUCUCCGCCUCAUUACCCUCUAUGUCCAACAUGUCUUCUUUCUCCACAUCCAACUCUCCUCCUACCUCUCCUCCUCUCUCUCCUCGCACCAUUGUUGCUCCCUUGACGCCUACUCGUCCUGUCCCCGCCAUCAGGAUACCCACCGACAUCCACUGUGCCAAGUCAGAUCUUGACCCCACCGAAUGGAAGCCCGUAAUACUGUCCCGGACUUCUAUCAGUCUCGUCUCCUCUGACGCAUGGAACUACCUUUCUGGUUUCCAUGGUGGUAACGAGACCCUUCUCGCUCGGCGCUCAGCUCGAAGCACAGCUAGUCUGCCCGCCAUGAUGGGAGCUGCACCAGCUGUUGAGCAUGUUCAUGCCCACGAACAUGAGCACGAGCAUGAGCAUGAAGUUCACGGACACGGACGUAUUCCAUCCCUGACUCAUACUCCAUCCGUGUCCAGCUCAUUCAGCAGUACUGCUUCGGACGAGCUUAGCAUGUACGCUGCCAAGCGUCCUCUGCCUCCACGACACAACCCAUUCCAGCAUUCGGGAACCGCCAAGGGCGUUGAACUCGUUAUGCCUAUGGCUGAGUCGCAUGAUCUCCCUGUUGAGGUUGUUGAUUCUGACGUGUGGGAGGAUGCACCUGUUUCUAAGACGGCGCCUAUUUCCAUGGUGCGGGCGGCGGGACCGCGCGUUUAA